AGUUUUGUUUUAAUUGCGCUCGAAAACGGUUCACGGUUGGGAAUCGUCUCGUCUCCUCUCGUCUCGUCUCAUCGCGCCCUUCGCAGAACAGGCUACGGAACGGAAUUCUCGUCAGUCGGUUAAAUUUUGUUUUUUUUUGGGGCAUCGAUAGAGGCGCGUGUGGGCCAUUUAAUAACGGAAUAUAAAACCAAUUUCCAUUUACAGGGCUAUCAUCAUGGCUCCCCCGAACAGCACAUCGGACAGCAAUAACGAGGAACUCGCUUUGGACACAAGUGCGGCACAUGGCAAUGGCAAUGGCAAUGGCAAUGUCAACAUAGAUGCAACAGGAAUGCCUGCAACUGGGCCGAAUGGCGACAGCAAAGUCAAUCAGAGGCAGUACGAGCCAAAGGAACGUUUCGUUAUCACCCGAAAUGUCGUUGUGAUAGGCCUUGCAUUUAUGAUACACUUCACGGCCUUCCAUGGCACAUCGAACCUGCAGAGUUCGUUGAAUGCGGACAAGGCACUGGGCACCACCACACUGGCCGUCAUCUAUGGCUCCCUGAUAUUGUCGAAUGUGUUUCUACCCAUGACUGUGAUAAGUUGGUUUGGCUGCCGCUUGACCAUGGCCCUAGCUCUGUUCGCCUACAUGCCCUACAUCGCCGCCCAGUUCUAUCCCCGGUUCGAGACUCUGAUUCCCGCAGCUCUAAUGGUGGGAUUCGGCGGAGGACCGCUGUGGUGCUCCAAGUGCACUUACCUAUCCACCGUAUCGGAGGCGCUGACUCAAGUGCGCGGCAACAAAUCACGCAAGGAUGUCAACACGGUCAAGUUCUUUGGGCUGUUCUUCAUCUUCUAUCAGAUGGCCCAGGUGUGGGGUAAUCUCAUCUCCUCCUCGGUGCUCACCCUGAGUGGUCCGGCCAAGACCGCACCCAAUGGCAGCCUGGAAAUGGAGAAGGAUAGCAGCCUCAGCCAAGUGGGCGAGCUGUGUGGCGCUCGCUUCUGUCCGGGUGUGGGAUCCGAGGCAAAUCCCAAUCUGGUGCCGCCCGCCCCGGAGCAGAUUCAACUGCUGAACUCCAUUUUUCUGGCCUGCAUGGCCGCUGCCGUCGUUAUGAUGAUCUUUGGCGUUAGCUCCCUAAAGCGCUAUGGCGUCAAGCGCGGCGACACUGGGGAUGGACUUUCCGGCCUGAAGCUGCUGACGGUGACCAUUAAUCUGCUGCGCAAGCGCCGCCAGAUCCUCAUGCUGCCCAUCACCAUGUUCAUUGGGCUGGAGGAGGCGUUCCUGGCCGUCGACUUUACCCGCUCGUUUGUGGCCUGCGGCUGGGGCAUAUCGAAGAUCGGCUUCGCCAUGAUUUGCUUUGGCAUCGCCAAUGCCAUAGCAGCGGGCAUUGCGGGUGCUCUGGUGGAGCGCAUUGGACGCGUCACCUUGGCCGGACUCUGUGCUGUCCUGAACCUGUGCCUCCUGGCGUACAUGUACUCGUGGGAAGCGCGAGAGGGCGACUACAUCCGGUAUUGCGCCUUUGCGGCCGUUUGGGGCAUCUGCGAUGGCGUCUGGUUGGUUGUUGUCAAUGCUUUUUAUGGCAUCUUGUUCCCGAACCAUCUGAUUGCGGCUUAUAGCAACUUUCGGCUUUGGGAAAGCACGGGUUCGGUUAUUGGAUAUGUGAUAAGUUCGCAGCUUUGCACCUCCACCAAACUAGUGAUUCUGAUGUGCGUCAUGCUGGUGGGCUGUGUGGGCUACGGUCUCAUCGAAUAUCGUGUCUGGCAGAAACAAAAGAAUCUGGAGAUCAUGCUGAGCGAUUGAUUGACUAGUGGAUUAUUGAUAGAUUGAUUGAUUGAUUGAGUCAUUCCGAUAUGCUUGCCAUGAAAAUGUUGCCUCCUUUUGUGAUAUUGCCAAUAGUAGAGUUUAAGAUACAUAAGUUUUAGCUUGUAGCCAGGAAUCAAGCAUUAAAAAUGGCACCCAUCUUUUCAGGAAAUCAACUGCCUUAUCAAUUUUUUGGGGUGCCAUUUGGGUGUCCACGUGCGUCUGUUAGGUCAAUAAAUGUCUGACCAAAUGGCCAUAAAUUCUGGCAUUAUAGAAACACUUUGGGGCUUAUCAGUGAAUUGUGUUCCGUUCAUUCCUGCCAGCUUCGACUAUAAAAACCCAGCUACAUUAUAUUAAGUGACAACAGAUCAUAGUUCGUCUUCAAGCGAUACACAACAUGAAACCUACGAUUGCAACGAUUAUUCUGCUGUUGGCAGUUCUACUGAUGACUGCAAAUAGUGGCGAAUGUCAGAAGAAGAAAAAAGAAAACAGAGAACCAGACUGCAGCACAAGCUUUCCUGGAAGCUGGCAAUUUGCAUACAUCAAUGUGGGCAGGAGUGAACAGUGUGCAACAGCGUGCGUACACCAUUGCCUCCAUAAGAUACCAAAUAGGGAAUGCAAGUGCGGACGCGCAAUAAUGGGAGAGCUAAAAUGUGCGUGUCAAUGCAAAUGUUUGUAAUGCAAGAACACGUUUCUUUCCACUUGAAGGUGAAAUAAAAAUAAAUACCAAUACAAAACAAAGUGUGUGUUUCUGAAAAUAUAUAACUAAUUGUUGUAAGCUCUAACCCG